GUGUAACUCAUCUUCCUGUUAGCUGGAAUGAUUGCCUAACACACUUUGGAGUUUGACCCCACAAGCCCUGAUAGCGAGACUAACACACACUUCACACCAGAGGAGAGAGGGACUGGAACAGUAACUUGGGCUAAUUAGCUUAACUAUCCCUCCACGUUUUUCUUUUCAUUCCUUGUGAAACUGCUACUGGCUUCACUGGCAAGUCCCGGUUCCCUGGCAAUAUUUAAGCUGCCCUGUGGGCUGGCAGGCAGCUGGUUGGUGGUGCCUCCUGCAAGCAAACAGAAUGAGACCCAGCGGAACGUGAUAAAUGCAGCAAGCAAGCGAGGAGCUGAAUCUCCAUGAGACACAAUGGAGACCCCGGGGAGCCCUCCGCCUUCGGUCACUCCCAGCUGGAACCCUUUUCCCCACAAGAUCUUGGAGGCUGUGGACAUUGUUGUUCUGGUUCUGUACUUUGUAUUCGUCCUGGCGGUUGGACUGUGGUCCAUGUGGAAGACGAAGCGAAGCACGGUGAAAGGCUAUUUCUUGUGGCCUGUGGGGGCAUCGCUGUUUGCGAGCAAUGUGGGGAGCGGGCAUUUCAUAGGCCUGGCUGGGUCCGGGGCAGCGUCGGGAAUCGCCGCCACGGCCUACGAGUGGAAUGGGAUGUUUUGUGUCUUGGUGCUGGCCUGGCUAUUUCUUCCUAUUUACCUGGCAGCGGGGGUCACAACUAUGCCUGAGUACUUACAGAAACGCUUUGGCGGCAAAAGAAUACAGAUAUUCCUGGCAAUUCUCUACUUGUUUAUCUACAUAUUCACCAAAAUAUCAGUGGAUAUGUACGCCGGGGCCCUGUUCAUUCAGCAAGCCUUACGCUGGGACCUCUAUGUGGCUGUCAUAGGUCUGCUGGCAAUCACUGCUGUUUACACUGUGGCAGGUGGCCUGGCAGCUGUGAUUUACACCGACACACUGCAGACGGUCAUCAUGCUGGCUGGGGCAUUAACUCUUAUGGGGUUCAGCUUUGUUAAAAUUGGCGGCCUUGAAAGUUUGCAGGCCAAAUACUUUAAAGCCAUUGCGAGUAGCCACAAAGGAAACAGCAGCUGUGGCUUGCCAAGAGAAGAUGCCUUCCACAUUUUCCGAGACCCCGUCACCUCGGACCUUCCCUGGCCAGGAGUUCUGGUUGGAAUGACCAUCCCAUCUCUGUGGUACUGGUGCACAGAUCAGGUUAUUGUUCAAAGGUCCCUCGCAGCCAAGAACCUCUCUCAUGCCAAAGGAGGCUCGUUGUUGGCCUCCUACCUGAAAAUUUUGCCUCUCUUCAUGAUGGUGAUGCCAGGCAUGAUCAGCCGGGUUCUCUUCCCAGACCUGGUGGCUUGUGCAGACCCAGAAAUCUGUCGGCAAAUCUGUGGCAACCCUUCUGGCUGUUCUGAUAUUGCUUACCCCAAACUGGUCAUAGAACUGCUGCCUCUAGGGCUCAGGGGCCUCAUGAUGUCUGUGAUGAUCUCAGCACUUAUGUCCUCCCUGACUUCCAUCUUUAACAGCUCCAGCACCAUCUUCACCAUGGACCUCUGGCGGCACUUCCGGCCCCGGGCCAAGGCCAGCCCUCACACUGCCUUUUUCUUGAGCAGGGUGUUCGUGCUGCUGCUCGUGGUGGUGUCCAUUCUGUGGAUCCCACUGGUGCAGGCCAGCCAAGGGGGGCAGCUCUUCAUUUAUAUCCAGACCAUCAGCUCCUACCUACAGCCCCCCGUUGCCAUGGUUUUCAUCCUGGGCUGUUUCUGGAAGAGAACCAAUGAGAAGGGUGCGUUCUGGGGCCUGCUGAUUGGCAUGUUGCUGGGCUUCAUCCGGUUGGUACUGGAUUUUGUCUACCUGCAGCCCCAGUGUGGGGAGCCAGACCGCCGUCCGUCCGUGGUGAGAUACGUGCACUACCUGUACUUCUCCAUGAUCCUCAGUGUCAUCACGACAGUCACUGUGGUGGUCGUGAGCCUGCUCACAGAACCUCCCUCGGAAGAAAUGAUCCAUCAUCUCACCUGGUUCACACGCUGGGAUCGGCCAGCCAAGAAAGACUCAGCAAUCAAUACUUCACCUGAUACUGGAAGUGACGUGUAUAAGUCUGAGCAUCCGCCUGCCCAGCUUGAUAUUAGUGUUGUUCCUGAAAAUAUUUUCAACGGCAAUACAGGUGUGGCUGGUACUCAAAAAGGGUCUAAACUGAUGAGAGUCUUCUUGUGGCUGUGUGGGAUGGAGAGGAAAGACGAACAUCCUCCUGAGAACACAAUUCCUGCCAGCCCUGAACAUACUGUGGCUUCGCUGGAGGAGCAGCCUGUGGUGAAACACAUUCUGAAUGUCAACUUGUUACUGUGUCUAUGUGCCGGCAUUUUUCUCUGGGGCUACUUUGCAUAGCAUCUUGCCAGAUGAUUCAAGGGACACUGUCAACUAAUUUUAGGCCCCCAACUAAGAUUGGCAUUAAUAAAUAAUAACAAUAAUAUAAUGCAUGACAAUUCAGUGUGAUUUGUAAUCCAUUCUUACAUUUCAUACAGGGAAAAAUGUAAAAUAUUUUUGCUAUACUUAAUGAUUUGCUGAGCUUUUUUUAGCUUUUGUCUCCGCAGCAAUGAGAUCAGGCUCCACACACUGACACACACAUAAGGGCUGGGGGAUGUUUGGAAGGCAGGCAGGGAUUAUUUGAUUAUCUUUCACUUCUGGACAGUUUUGCACUUAAAGCAGGAGAUCUGCUUGACCUGCAUAAAGCAUGUAAUUUCUCUGUGCCUUUACUCCCUGGCUAC